AUCGAUGCUCAUCCGUCCGGUCCUUCCCUAGCAACCCGAAUCCCAAGUAUUUGGUUCGUUCCUCUAUACUCUCAACUGAGCUGGUACAGGAGUCAGCGGAGGAGCAGCGGCGGCCGAGACUUCUCACGGGAAAAUCAGCAAGAAUUGCGGGCGGAGAGUAAGAUCAACCAUGGAUACCAGUCGUGGCAGUAAAGAGAUGGUUCUUCUGGCAGGGAACUCUCACCCAGAGCUGGCCCAGCUGAUAGCGAGCCGGCUAGAAGUGCCCGUAGGUCGAGCAGAAGUGAAGGAAAUGGCCAAUCGAGAAACAAGUGUAGAGAUCAUGGAGUCAGUGAGAGAGAAGAGUGUUUACCUCAUUCAGACAGCCAACCCCAAGGAUGUCAACAAUAACAUCAUGGAACUUCUCAUCAUGGCAUAUGCUUGCAAGACAUCCUCAGCACGCAACAUUGUAGGAGUAAUCCCAUACCUACCUUACUGUAAGCAGAGCAAGAUGAGGAAGAGGGGCUGCAUUGUGUCCAAGUUGCUAGCCAAGAUGAUGUAUAAGGCAGGGUUGACACAUGUCAUUACAAUGGACCUACACCAAAAAGAAAUUCAGGGAUUCUUUGAGUGCCCAGUGGAUAAUCUGCGUGCAUCCCCCUUCCUUCUACAGUACAUCCAGGAGUGUAUUCCUGACUAUCGCAAUGCAGUUAUUGUGGCGAGAGAUCCAGGAUCAGCCAAGAAAGCCACAUCAUAUGCAGAGCGUUUAAGGCUAGGUUAGUGUAGCAUUCACUAG